ACAAAUAUUAGUAAGAGGAGUAUUGAUAUAAAGGGUUGAAAAUACUAUAGUUAGAUCUACACCACCAAAAUACAUUAUGGAGUCAUCCUCUUGGCCCAAGAGUUUAUCUAGCAAUCGAAUGAAGGCCAUUCAAGAACUCACACAAGGCCAAAAGUUGACCAAUAAGCUCCGUGAAAUGCUCGAGCAGCCCGGAAAGAUCGAGGCCGACCUCAUGUUAGUUGAUGGUGUAGUGGGACAGAUUUUGGGGAUGUUUGAUAACACCCUUUCAAUCUUAAACUCUUCGAGUUCAAACGAGACUUCUCGCAUCCCAACUCUGGAGAGGAGAUCUCCAAAUAGUUGGAAUGAUGACAAAUCUGAAGAUUCUCGUGAGAGUGUUAAGACUCCAACCACACCGGUUAGAGCUAAAAGAGGAUGUUACAAAAGACGGAAAAGCUCCUCGACAUUUACAAAAGUCAUUUCUACUUUGAUUGAUGAUGGAUUUGCUUGGAGAAAGUAUGGCCAAAAAGUGAUUCUCAACAGCAAACACCAUCGGAACUAUUAUAGGUGCACUCACAAGAUUGAGCAAGGAUGCCAAGCAACCAAACAAGUUCAAAAAACAAAUGAAGAGCCACCUCGGUAUAAGGUCACCUACCAUGGAAAACAUACUUGCAAGAAUUUACUGAGAUCUCCACAAAUUAUUUUGGAAUCUCCAGACUCUAGCAAUAACUCAAUCCUUCUUAAUUUCGAAACCAAUACGUUCACCGAGAACAAACAAGUUAACCCUGCUGCUUGUUUGCCCUCGGCGACACAAGAAUCCAAAGAAGGUGUGGCAUCUCUAGGUUUGAAACAAGAGCAAGUUUCUUCAUCGGAUUAUUACACACCGUGGGAUUUGAUGAGCACCCAACGAUCACAAGUUCCAUCAGAAUCGACGUAUAUGAUGUCAUCGGGGUUUUAUCAUGAAGACAUGAUGUCAUCGGGGACACUUUCCUCAAUUUGUAGUGCCCAUGACUACGAGAUAGAUGAUAUUCUUGGAACCACUGAUUUUUGGUAAUUAAUUACUUUGGAUUAUAUUUCGGAUAAUAUUAUGUUCAACAUGUAUAACUAGUUAGCUAGAUGAUAAGACAAAUAAUGUAACCUAGCUUCUUUCUAUGAAAUACAUUGGAAUAUUGUUAAUUA